AUGUCGAAUAGAGUAGCCAGACACCAUUCAAUACCAUUGAUCGUUUACCUCCCUAUCCCAAAUACUGGUCUCAAUCCCUUGGAAGAAUCACUAGAGGAAGCCGCGAAUCUCCUGUCCGAAGGGAAUGACGCUCUUGCUAUAGGUGAGAGUGGUACCCUGCCUGUUGGGGUAGGAUUUAUCACUUGGAGCGCCUCGCUGGAGGUUGCUAUACCUGCGCUGAGGAAAUAUCGACCCUAUGCGGUUUGGCUAUUUGCUCCUCCGAGAAGCAUUCAUGACUUGAUUCCUUGGGUACAGCAGAUCCGGGAGGCGACCUCGCACGCAACCAAGAUUUGGGUGCAGAUUGGCUCGGUGGCAGAUGCUACCUUGGCUACCGAAUUACUGCGGCCCAGUGUCCUAGUCGUACAGGGGACAGACGCUGGAGGCCAUGCAUUGGCUCGAGGCGCUAGCAUUAUCUCGCUGGUGCCAGAGGUGCAUGAUAAGAUACAAGAAAUGCAAGUACAACAGCAACGUGUCGAUGACGGUCGGGGACUAGCCGCCUUGGUGCAACUGGGUGCGCAAGGACGCUUGCUGGGAACAAGAUUCUUAGCAAGCCCCGAGGCCCUCAUUGCAGAUGGCUAUCUGAAGGAGGCGCUGCGGGCACCUGACGACAACCAGAACCUUUACUUGGAUGUAUUAGAGAAAGUGAGUGAAGAAUAUGGUCCAAAAUGUAGAAUCACAACUUAUGCAGGUACCAGGGUGGGUCUGAUUAAAGAAGUCAUGCCGGCCAGGGAUAUUGUGUUAAUUAAAUAUUGGUGCCUCGACUAUCCUCGCUAA